AUGUCUGACGCAAAGCCUCUUGUUAUAACCCAUUUCACUGAAAAUACCUCCGAAACCGACCACUAUGCAUAUGAGAGUAUGAUCGACCGGAUACAUACAUCAAACAUGGCUGUGCCGUCGAGAUUGACAGCUACUUCGGAACUGGAUCCUGCACACCUGAACGGCGAGCGGCGGAAUUUUGAGGCUCACCAUAUGCCCGUCUUUACUGCAGCGCCUCCUGCAGCACACCAGUAUGACCAUACACUUCUGAUGGCGCCUUCAAAUCAUAUGCCACGACUUCCACCGCAACUAGCAAGGACGCAGCCGCAGCUGAAUGUACAGUCACAAGCCCAUGUACAGCUGCAGUCCCAUGCACAGCUGCAGUCCCAUGUACGGCUGCAGUCUCAUGUACAGUCGCAGUCCCACGUACAACCACAACCCCAUGUACAGUCACUGCCGCACCUACAGUCGCAACCGCAUGAACAGCCACAGCCACAAGUACAGCCGCGCCAGGCGCAGCCAUCAACGGACCACGUCAUCACCCGCGAGAUGGUAUGCGGGCGUAUCUGGGCUCUUCUGAGGGACAACCUGACCUCAUGGUGGUCCGACAACUCAGCGGCGAUGAAGUGUGUCACCGAUCGAAUGAACCACGACCUCUUGUGCAUGAAUAAGCGCCUGGCCUUAGGACCCAAAGGUCUUUCCAGUGUCUCGGAUAUCUUCUGCUCCAUCGGCCAUCAGGGUAUCUACCAUUACAUGUGCCUGGCAGUGAAUCCGGGCUGGGGCAACGUUGUGAUACUACUCAAGGGCGAGCUUUGUGACUUGGAAGGCAGGGAUCCGAUGCGUGACAAAGAGGCGAUGCAGGUGUGCAGUGAGGGGUUCAGUAAGGAGGCGAUGAAGGUGUUUCAGAACGCUGUUGCAGAUACUCAGCGUAGGCAAAAUCGCUAG